AUGUCAACGGUCACUCAAAAACCCAAGCUAACAGGGUGGGCUGCUGCUGCUGCAAAAGCAGCUCCAGCUACGGCUGCCACCUCUACUUCUACACUACCCACAACACCCAUCAAACAAAAUAAACCCACAAAAACAAACACUGCAUCUUCCAUGAAAUCGCAUGGUGCCAAUACCACUGCACCAACUUCGACAACCAAGAAGUCUAAAAAGUCACCAGCAUCCAAACCUGCAUUCAACUCCGAACAAGUUUUGGAGUUUUUACAAGCCAACUACACCAAACAAGCCAAUGCGUCCAACACCGUCAUUUACGCAAGACAUGCAUCCAAUAGUCCUCCUGAUUGGGGUGUCACCACCAACAACAGGUGGAAAUCCAAAAAAUAUCUAUGUUUGGCUGAUGUUGCGCGCUCUUUGAAAAAUUGA